ACAUUUAUAUUUCAACACUCAAAAAAAAAAAAAAAAAAAAAACGCAGAGAGAGGAGGCCCAGAGCGGAAAAAAAUUCCAAAACCCAAAAGCAAAUUUUAUUUAAAAUUCAAUAACCGAGUCUAGUGUAUUGUACUGUCAUGGCUUACGUGAGAUUGAUUUAUUUUUUUUGGGUUUCUUUUUUUUGAAUGAAUUUUGUAAUGAGAAGAGAAGAAGCAAGAGCUAGCUGGAAGUGUUCGACUAUUUGCCUGUGUAGUACUAGUACUAGUAGUAGUUGAAAAAAAGCGGAGGAGACUCGUGUGGAUUACUGUAAUGGCAAAGCGCGUGUUCGAAGUAUGGAAAGGAAGUAAUAAGUUCAUCCUUGGUGGGAGAUUGAUAUUUGGACCUGAUGCUAGAUCACUGAUUGUCACUUUAUUGCUGAUCAUUGUUCCUGUAAUAAUCUUUUGUGUGUUUGUUGUGAGGCAUCUUCGCCAUGAAUUUUCACCGGACAAUGCAGGGUAUGCGAUUCUGGUGGUAGCUAUUAUCUUUACUAUAUAUGUGUUGGUUCUUCUUUUUCUCACAUCAGCCAGGGACCCGGGUAUUAUUCCACGUAAUUCACAUCCUCCAGAAGAGGAGUUUCGGUAUGAUUCUUCAGUGUCAGUUGAGGGAAGACAAACUCCGAGCCUCCAGUUCCCACGGACAAAAGAAGUUAUGGUUAAUGGCAUUCCUGUUCGGGUUAAGUAUUGUGAUACAUGCAUGCUUUACCGUCCUCCUCGCUGCUCCCAUUGCUCCAUUUGUAACAAUUGUGUGGAGCGAUUUGAUCAUCAUUGCCCCUGGGUGGGCCAGUGCAUUGGACUGCGCAACUACCGUUACUUCUUUAUGUUCGUUUCUUCAUCGACUCUUCUUUGCAUCUACGUGUUUUCUAUUUCAGCCUUGUACAUUAAGGUUUUGAUGGAUGAUUACCAUAGCACAGUCUGGAAGGCAAUGAAAGAAUCUCCUGCGUCUGUCAUUCUAAUGGCCUAUUCUUUUAUUUCCCUAUGGUUUGUUGGUGGACUUACUGGCUUCCAUUUGUACCUCAUUGGAACAAACCAGACUACAUAUGAAAAUUUCCGGUACAGAGCUGACAGCAGGAUCAAUGUCUACAACCGUGGUUGUUUUGAUAAUUUUCUUGAAGUCUUUUGCACAAAGGUUAAGCCUUCAAGGAACAACUUCAGGGCUUUUGUUGAAGAGGAAGUACAACAAAGACCCACAUUGCCCAGCACUCAGGAAACAGAUGUAGAAGAUUCUGUUGGAGAUCCACGUUCCAAGGUUGAAGAUGACCUAGAUAUUGGUGAAGAUAUAUUGAAGAUCUCCCAGCGUCGUAAUGUUGAAGAAAUUGAUGAGGACAUAUGCAGCAGAGGGAGCAACGCACCUCCUCAUAAUACAUUAGAGGUGGAUUUAGCAUUGAGUUCAGAUCAUCGAGCCCCCACGAUUCGAUCGGAUACUAGACAUUCAAGCUGGGGAAGGAGAAGUGGUAGCUGGGAAAUUGCACCCGAGAUCCUUGCCAACUCUACAGUCACUGAAAGCAGAGCCUUUACCACUCCUAAGGAACCAUACCAAUGAUGAUUAGAUAAUUCAUUUAACUGUUGAUCCCAGUGCGUCAUCAACAUGGGUUUGGAUGUUCUCGCUGAAGGAAUUUUUCUUUGAUUAGGAACUUACAAUCAUCUUAUGGGGAGUUCCAAUUCUGCUCUCCUUUUAGGCAAGAGGGCUGUGUUAUCCUUUCUGCGGGGAUGGGGAAAGCAGUCAAUGGGAAUAUGUUUGUAAUUGUUUGAGAAGAUAAAAGGACCAUCUUUGCCUUUUUUUUUAUCUGUUUUGCUUUUUGGUUCGUGCUUAAUAUUCUUAAACAUCGUGUUUGGACCUGUAAUUCUGGAUUUAUUCUUUGUGUAAAUAGUUAUUUUCAAGACA